UCUACACUCGUUGUUGGACGAAGUAGAAGUUCGCAGGGAUUUUUCUAUCUUAAGCGCAGCAGGGGAAUAAAACAUGGCAAAUAACUCUGCACAGCCUCCUUAUCUUCACUUGGCGGAACUGACGGCAACCCAGUUCCUCGACAUCUGGAAACAUUUUGAUGCUGACGGCAAUGGCUACAUUGAGGGCAAGGAGCUUGAAAACUUUAUCACUCAGCUGGAGGUUGCACGGAAAGGAGCAGGUGUGGACCCAUCAAAUGCAUCUUUCAGAGACAAGAUUGCAGAGUUCAUGCAGAAAUUCGACAAGAACAAUGAUGGGAGGAUUGAGCUGUCAGAGCUGGCCCAGAUUCUGCCAACAGAGGAGAACUUCCUGCUUUGCUUCAGACAGUUUUUGGGCUCCAGCUCUGAGUUUAUGGCGGCCUGGAGAAGGUAUGACACAGACCGCAGUGGCUUCAUUGAAGCAAAUGAACUCAAGAGCUUUCUCUCAGACCUUCUGAAAAAGGUCAACAGGCAAUAUGAAGACCAGAAAUUGCAGGAAUACACACAGACAAUUCUCAAAAUGUUUGAUCUGAAUGGAGACGGGAAGCUGGGACUCUCUGAAAUGGCAAGGCUUCUGCCAGUUCAGGAAAAUUUUUUGCUGAAGUUCCAGGGUGUCAAGCUGACCAGUGACCAGUUCAACAGCAUCUUCACAUAUUAUGACAAGGAUGGAAAUGGGUACAUUGAUGAGAUGGAGUUGGACUAUCUCCUGAAGGACCUCUAUCAGGGUGCUAAUGCCCAGGACCUAGCUGGCUAUAAAAAAAGCAUCAUGGCCUUGUCAGAUGGGGGUAAACUGUACCGCACAGAACUGGAAGUUGUACUGUGCCGGGAGCCCAUUAUACUGUGAUUGUACUGUGCUGCAAGCCCUGAAUCACAUUUCUCUUUCUGCUGCCUGACUACUGUAACCUUGUGCAUGUGCCAGGCACUGCCCCUUUACUUUAUGUGUGUUUUCAUUGAUGUGCACUACAAAGCACAAAAAAAUUAUUUUCUAUCACACUACCUAAAUCCCUUCUGCUUGACAACAAACUGUCCAGCCAUGGUUUUGACCUCUGCUGAAUUUUAAUACUAUGUUAUAUUAAUACUAUGAAUAUGUGUGUAAUGCUAUUAUUUACUAAUUCAACUGUUUAUUAAUCCAUAUUUUCAUUUAUUUAAUUGGAUCCCUGUGCAUCCCCUGGAAAUCUUUCAGGUUUUCUAUUUUCUCUUUGGUUUGAAUAUUAAUUUUAUUUCAUUUUCAGCUCUUUUGGGUUUCUGUUUUCUUUCUUUGGCUGAUACUGUUAGACAAUGUUACUGACAGAAUUAAUAAAAGACUAAGUUGUGUGAAGAA